AUGAUCUGGCCUUCACUCAGCAGCUUCGCCCUCGGCUUCAUCGCAGGAUGCCUCACAAUAAUCAUCCUCCUGGGCAUCGCCGCCCUUGCGCUCACCCGCUCCGGCGACAUUUACGGCCUCGGCCACUGGAAGCUCAACCUCAGGACGCCCUUCCCUUCCAUGUGGAUGAACCUGGGCUUCUGGACGCGAGAUGACGGGACUACCAUCCAGCACUUUGACGAGGCCGCGCGAAACAUGCUCCGGCAGCUCUUACAAGCCGCAGGCCUCCUCUCCAGCUCAGCAUCCGUCGCCGUUCUCGACGUCGGCUUCGGAUGCGGCGACCAGACCGUUGCACUGGCCGAACUCGUCAACGCCUCAUCACGACCUCACUUUCGCUACGUGGGCUUAACCCUGAACGCCACGCAGCUCCAGGAAGCCCAGCAAAGACUCGACGCCGCCCUCUCCCAUUCAACUCAAGACCCAUCAUCAUCCCCAUCAUCCUCAUUAACAACCUCGCUCAACCUACCCGAAACCUCCUUUCGACUCUUCCAAGCAGACGCAGCCCAACCCACAUCCUGGUCCCCCACCGUCCUCUCCUCCGUCACCUCCCUAUCAGACCCAUCCUUCCCCGAGCGCUGGCUCAUGGGCCUCGACUGCCUCUACCACUUCUCCCCCUCCCGCAAACCAAUCUUCACCCUCGCAGCGCGGGACCUGCACGCAAACGUCAUGGCAUUUGACCUCAUCCUGAGCGACUCCGCGUCCUUCUGGGAGACUCUCGCCGUGCGGAUACUCGGCUUCGUCUUGCAAUGUCCCUGGCGAACGUUUUUGACGGAGAGCGAGUAUAGGCAGCAGUUGGUGGAGUGUGGUUACGAUAGGGACCAGGUCGAGAUCCGGGACGUCUCGGACCAUGUGUUUGGCGGCUUGGCGGGCCACUUGCGGAAACAGGAUGCUGUGCUGAGGCCCUAUGGCAUCUCGUUGACGGCGUAUGCCUUGGUAGGGAGGGUGUAUGAGUGGUUUGAUCGGACGAGGGUGCUGAAGGGGGUGGUUGUUGUGGGGAGGGUCAAGAGGAAGAGUCAGUGA